CAGUGAAAAAGACAUUGAUGAAGUUCUGCAGACCAACACAGUAUUUGUAAACGUCUCUAAAGGUCAAGUUGCAAAGAAGGAAGAUCUCCUCAAAGCUUUUGGGACUGAUGACCAAACAGAAAUCUGCAAGAUGAUUUUAACAAAAGGGGAGUUGCAGGUGUCUGACAAAGAGCGGCAUACCCAAUUGGAGCAGAUGUUUAGAGACAUUGCAACUAUUGUAGCUGAUAAGUGUGUGAACCCUGAAACAAAGAGGCCAUACACAGUAAUUCUUAUAGAAAGAGCCAUGAAGGAUAUCCACUAUUCUGUUAAACCAAACAAGAGCACUAAACAACAGGCUUUGGAAGUGAUCAGACAGUUAAAGGAGACUAUGCAGAUUGAGCGGGCUCACAUGAGGCUGCGCUUCAUUCUUCCACCAAAAGAGGGCAAGAAGCUAAAAGAGAAACUCAAACCACUGAUCAAAGUCAUAGAGAGUGAAGAUUUCGAUGAUCAGUUAGAAAUUGUGUGCCUCAUUGACCCAGGCUGCUUCAGGGAGAUUGACGAAUUGAUCCGGUGUGAAACUAAAGGGAAAGGCACGCUUGAAGUACUCAGUCUGAAAGAUGUGGAAGAAGGAGAUGAAAAGUUUGAAUGAAAUGCUUCCCACAAUCUCACUUGUUUGGCAAACACUAUUAAGAGGCAGGGUUAAGCCACCUCAUUCUGUUAAGUUUUUGUUUUUCCAAUCUAUUGCUGCCAAAUAAUUGCUGACACUAGAUCUAUGUGGGAUUUUUCCAUGCUGUGUUUCUUUGUAUUUGUCUGGGUAACAAGUGCCUUUAAUAAAGAGGUGUUUAAAUAUUUGAGUAGCAUUAGCAAGGACAGAGUUAUAGGACUUGACCGUGAAAAGCUAUACUAGCUUUGUUUUGGUAUGGGUGUUGAUGAAAUCAAAGUGUUCAUCUGCAGUAUCUAGUGUGCCAAGUCCUUUUCCCUUUAAUUCGGUGCUGGGUGGAAGGCUGCACGUAUCCCAGAGAGGUAUAUUGCAUAAGAGAAACUUGUACAAGCACAUUAAUUAAAUGAGGUAUAUCUGCUAAAAUAGUACACAGAGUUAACCAAGGUUUAUAUUGCAUUCUUUAACAGCAGCAUUAAAUGUGUGACCUAGACUGCUAAAUACUACUGCUAGAGAAAUUUCUCUGUUUGUAAAUAGAGGACCAUUCUUCUAUAUUUUAUUCAUGGGGCACAUAAAAAUAUACAUCCUAACUUGGAAAAAAGUGUUUGCAUAAUUUAUUCUUUCACCUGUUAAGUGAAUUAUAAUAUAUACAUAAAGUAUUUUAUAGGCUGUGGUAGUGGUGUGGUGGUUCUUUAUGCUUCUGUGAGACUGAAGCUGUGCUUUUAAACUAUGCAAAAAUCCACCACCUAAAUAAAUCUGAUCUAGAAUAAAGGCAUCUGCUCAUUAA